AUGUUCCACAUGAGGGAGGUUAAGAUUGGAGAAAGCAUUUGUGUAUUAGUGUUGCUUUUUUCGGGGCUUGUGACCUGCUCAGGUGUUUUUGGGAGCCCUUUAACAGAUGAUGUGGCCACGUUAGAUACCCUGAGUGAGAAUAUUCCCAGUGACUACAGAAUACCCAUCAAGUUCAUCACAAAGGAUGUGGGUGGAGCUUGCUGGCUGCAUUUGAACCUGUAUCCAGUCGAGAGCAGUUUAAAAAAAUUGGCCAUCAAGUUUGGCAACCAGUCCACCAAUAAGGCCAACAUCACCAUUUUCAUAACAAUGCUGCAGGAUUUUCGUUUCACUCUGAACAGUGACGACCUGGAGGACAGAAUGCAAGCCUUCAAGUGCCACUACAGAAGGGAAAAGUGGCCGACUAGGCGCUUCUUUAGCUAUGUUAAAUCCGUUCUUACAGUGGCCGGCUCCACAUAUGGUGAUAUUCCUCCAUGCACACCUCCUCCUUGCCAGACCCUCGCAGCUCCUCCUUUCACGCCAGGUCAAAGCAGACAGCAGAAUGGCAUGAACUCUGCGGUUCAUGGGCUCCUGGCGCUGCUCAUCAUCCCCAGUGUGGCUAUUCUAGUUCUCACUAUCCAAAUGGCAUUAGGAAGAAGAGGUCGUUGUGGAGCAAGAAUGCGUGAAGUUGAGCCUCACGACAGAGCUGAAGAAAACAGAAAUGAGCUCCACAGCGGAGCUGCACAGGAGGACCCGGCUUCCACCUCCGCCAGUGAACAAGACAGGGCGUGGCUGGAUUCUUUAGGGUGUGCAGACACAGAGGUCUAA